AUGGUCUUAUCAUUCUCCGAAGAAGAUGCGAAGGGAAUAAUGCUGCCCCACGACGAUGCAUUGGUGGUAACGGUGACAGUGGCCAACCAUGUGCUCCAUCGGAUCUUAGUGGACAAUGGAAGCUCAGCUGACAUCCUCUAUUGGUCAGUUUUCAAACAAAUUGGUAUUGAUCGCAGCAGGAUCAAACCAUUCGGUUCUCCCUUAGUCGGAUUUGCGAGAGAGCAAGUCCAACCUAUUGGGAUUAUCUCACUUCCUGUAACAGCAGGAAUAGCUCUCAGGCAGUCAACUAUCAUGGUAGACUUCUUGGUGGUCGACCGACCGUCUACUUGCAACAUAAUCAGUCAGCCAACCUUGAAUAAGUUGAAAGCUGUAACUUCAACCUACCACCUAAAGAUGAAGUUUUCGAUAGAAGAAGGAGUCGGAGAGGUCAAGGGAAGCAGAAAGGAAGGUGAACCGAAAGGCGAACCUGCCGAGCUACUAGAAGAUGUGACGAUAGCAAACGGCAAAGUAGUGAAGAUUGGAUCUCAACUCUCCUCGGAGGUCCGAGAAGGCCUCGUCACUUUUCUAAAAGAGAACCAAGAAGUAUUUGCGUGGACACAUGAAGACACGCCAGGCAUUAGCCCUAAAGAUGUACUUCACCAACUCAAUGUGGAUUCGAGUAUGAAACUGGUGAAGCAAAAGAGAAGAAAAUUUGCUCCUGAGCGAAAUAUGGCAAUAGCCGAAGAGGUGGAGAAGCUGCUUAGAGCUCGGUUUAUUGAAGAAGUGCAUUAUUCCGAUAGGUUAGCCAAUGUAGUAUUGGUCAAGAAAUCCAAUGGGAAGUGGAAAAUGUCUGUAAACUUCACCGACCUUAACAAAGCUUGUCUGAAAGAUAGCUUUCCUUUGCCCCUCAUUGAUGCAUUGGUUGACUCAACACCUGGAUACGGAUUGCUCAGCUUUAUGGAUGCCUUUUCCGGUUACAACCAAAUCUGCAUGCAUCCGGAAUAUAAAGAAAAAACUACGUUUAUUACAAACUGA